UAUUUAUUAUUGUCUUUAUCGAUGUUAAGUUUCCCGUAAAGUAAUUAUUUUUCCUGGGCAUAUGAUUUUGUGGUUUUAGACCAGAAUGGCUAUUUCUUGGGGAUAUGAAUUUGUGGAUUACCGUAAAACCUUUGAAGGAUUUUGAAAACAGGGAUGGAUCGUCAAGUAAGUGCCCCAGCUGGCACAGGUAGAUACGAGAAAAGACUGCAGCAUCAGCAAUCUAGAAUGAGCAAAAUUGGCAGGUCAGUUAAGCAUAGCGUUGCAGACUUUUUUGGACUUGGUGACGAGGACUGUCAAAAGUCUUCUAAAUGGCAAAACCGUCACAUGCGUUACUACCGUGGAAAGGUGAAGGAUGGAUAUAUGACUAAAACAACUGACUUUGAUGAGCUUGACUCCUCAGUAAGAUAUAUACAUGACCCACUGAAAGCUCCUGGAGCCAGAUACAGUGCUGGUGCCCAGUAUUCUAGACGUACAACCCCACUUUCGAGCACAAGUACAUACACUCCGAGUACCAGAGGUGGAUUUCCUGCAAGAAGAACACGCAAAGACUCUGUUCUAAAAAUGACCUGGAAAGGAAUGCAGACUAUAACUGGUGAACUUGGUGAUAGCUAUGCUUUUCAGAUGCCUGAACAUGAUCAGUUAAGUCUGGUAGAUGAUGUAUUCUAUGAUGAGCCAACAGCUGGUAUACCUGAGAAACAGUUAGCUAAAAUACGAGAGGAAACAAGUGCAGAUCUUGCUGAAACAGCGCCUCUCAGUAGGGCAGCACCAAUGGCUGGAUGGAGACCUGGAGCACAACCCAAACCUGCCCCGGGCACACCAGAUCCCGGCUUAGAUAUGCCAGACUUUGGUAUGAGGAGAAUUCGUCAGGAGAUUGUCCAUUCUGUUACUGAGAGAGACAAGAGACAUGUUGGUAUGGGCUUUGUUGGGCGUUUGUUCCAGAGAAAUUACCGUCCAGAUAGAAUGAACUCAUAUGUGAAGAAGCAGAUUGAUGAGUUAGAUGAUCAUAGGCCAUUUUUCACGUACUGGGUGACGUUUGUACAAGUGGUGGUAUUUAUAGUGUCUGUGGCCGUGUAUGGUAUUGCACCCAUUGGAUCGUCUGAAACAGAAUACUCGGAAGCUAUUUUGAAACCAAACUUGGCAUAUGAACUGACAAGAUAUGUAGAACCUGAUAACUUGUGGAUAGGACCUCGGCAGGCUGAUUUGAUACAUCUUGGUGCCAAGUAUUCCCCUUGUAUGAGAAGAGAUCAGGGUAUAGAGAAAGGCUUGAACAAAGAUUUAGACCAGGAAAGGUCCUCGGCUUGUUGUGUAAGAGAUGAUGGCUCAGGAUGUGCUCAAAUGGUUGAAAACAGAUGUGCUAAUACACUAAACACCUGGCAUAAAUGGAAUUCAACAAACAAAGGUCAUGGUGAAUGGACAUCAGGGACCGUGUGCGGACAGGAUCCUAAAUACUGUAGAAAUCCGAAUUCUGUUGUACCAUUCAAGUGGGAAGAUGACAUUACAAAGUGGCCUUUGUGCACAGAGACAAAGAAGCCAGAGGAAGGAGAACGAGGUGACCGUCACAUGUCUUGUAAGAUCUCUGGACGUCCUUGUUGCUACGGUAUACAGGGAGAGUGUAUGAUUACAACACGAGAACAUUGUGAAUUUGUCAGAGGUUACUUCCACGAAGAUGCCUUCCUUUGUUCUCAGGUAGCAUGCAUGAAGCAGAUCUGUGGUAUGAUUCCUUUUGCUCAAGACAAAUAUCCCGACCAGUUCUACAGACUGUGGACAUCUCUCUUCCUGCAUGGAGGAUUAUUCCAUCUUAUCAUCACCUUAGGGUUCCAAAUUUUGAUCAUGCGAGACACAGAGAAACUGACUGGUAGUAUCAGAAUGGCAAUCAUCUAUAUUGGUGCGGGUAUAGCUGGUAACCUAGCCAGCUGUAUCUUUGUACCUUAUCAUGUUGAGGUUGGACCGGCUGGCUCACAGUUUGGCAUACUGGCUUGUCUACUAGUAGAAGUGUUACAGUCCUGGCAGAUGUUGGAACGUCCUGGUAUAUCGCUUCUCAAAGUCGCCGUGCCGAUAGUUGUCCUUUUCAUGCUUGGCUUGCUGCCAUGGAUAGACAACUGGGCUCAUCUCAGUGGAUUCUUAUUCGGCUUCCUGCUUGCAUUUGCUUUACUACCAUACGUAUCAUUUGGAACAUACGACAGAAGGCGUAAACUUAUAGGAAUUAUUUUGUCACUUGGCGGUGCCAUAUUCCUGUUCGUUCUUCUCGUUGUUUUAUUUUACGUUCUCCCCCUUUACAACUGUCCAGGAUGUCAAUAUUUCAACUGUAUACCAUUCACACCGGACUUCUGUAAAAAUAUGGAAAUUGACAUUAACCGAAAUUCUACAUAUAAUAAUGUGUAAACAUACUAAGGCGCCUUAAAACCAUCUGUUUAUAUAUUGGUAUGCACAUAUUUAGGAUAUUUUUUUAUACAGACAUUAAUUUACAUAUUUUUUAUUUCAUGUACUUCCAUAGUAGCUAGAAGUGUGGUCAGUGCUUUUGAGUUGUUUCACUCUAUAGAGGAUUGUUAUUUCUGAUGUGUUUAGUUUGUUAUAUUUUACUGUACAAAUAAGGAUUUAUAGAGUACUGUGGAAUUGUUAUAUUUUGCAGAGGACACUUUUUUUGCGUAUUUUGUGGUAGAGCCAAUCUAAGGAAUUUAAUCUCAACAAAGCAAUAAAAUGCCUGUUAAUUUAUGUUGAGGGGUCGAAAUCCACCAAUUUAUUAUACCCACCAAACAGCUAUCUUGGACAAAACCACAAAAUUUCAUGCACAAAAUUAUAUGGCUUCAAAUUAUGACGCAGAAAUUAUUUAGUGCUUUGAUAUAAGGAUGACUGGAACCAUAGCUUCUUAACAAGGAGAGGUCAGUCUGUUAAAUCCUAUGAUAGAUUCUACUAUAUAAGAAGUUUUGAAAUUACAAAAUCAAUCAGAAAAUUAUGAAAUUUUGCAGAUUUUUUGUGUGCAUAUGAGUAGUUAUUUAGGAAAGUUUUUUUUAUAUACUUUUUCUGUAUUAUACCAUGAUAUAAGGUAUAUGGAUUGUUAUUGAGAACUUUUAUAUUAUUAAUAACUUUUCACUAGAUUGUUAGGUCUUAGGUACAAAGUUAUGCUUGUUUAUUAUUACUUGCACUCUGUCAGCCAACAAUGUAGAUAAUUUAUGCACACCACUCCUAGUAGAAACUUUAAACUAGUCAUAACUGGUUUAGAAUGUAUGCUUUGUACCCAAAUAUCCUAGUUUACAUUCUUAUGAUUUCUUCUUCUUUUAUUGAAAAAAAUACAUUAUAAAGUACAUUUUUGUAUCAAGAAAAGGAAGUAGUGGAAUAUAUGACUUGGACCAAUUUUGCAAUAGAUAUUCUCCAAGAAUUUAAACCCCCGAAUUGAGGGCUAGCAUUAUACCUGGGUAUUUACAGUAUUUGUAAAGAAGAGUUUGAGUAUGUAGCAGUAUUUCUUAUGAAUUCCAUUUAAAGGGUGAAGAAAAAAAAAAGAUAAUGAUUAGGAAAUAGAGAUGCUUGUACUGAGAUUAUGUUUUUAUUAGCUCGACUAUUCAAAGAAUAGUCUAGCUAUUCUACUCACCCUGGCGUCGGCGUCGGCGUCGGCGUCACACCUUGGUUAAGUUUUUGCAUGCAAGUACAUACAGCUAUCAUUUAAAGGCAUAUAGCUUUGAAACUUAUUUAUUCUUUUUCUAGGUCAAUUACCUACCUCUCUGGGUCAAGUCCCAUAACUCUGACAUGUAUUUUGAGCAAAUUAUGCCCCCUUUUGGACUUAGAAAAUUUUGGUUAAAGUUUUACAUGCAAGUUACUAUCUCCAAAACUAAUGCAGAUAUUGAAUUGAAACUUCACAUGUGUCUUCGGGAUUAUAAAACUAGUUGAUAGCACCAAGUCCCAUAACUCUGACCUUCAUUUUGGCCAAAUUAUGCCCCCUUUUGGACUUAGAAAAUUCUGGUUAAAGUUUUGUGUGCAAGUACAUACAGCUAUUACUAGAAGGCAUAUAGAUUUGAAACUUAUUUUUUCUUUUUCUAGAUCAAUUACCUACCUCACUGGGUCAAGUCCCAUAACUCUGACAUGUAUUUUGAGCAAAUUAUGCCCCCUUUUGGACUUAGAAAAUUCUGGUUAAAGUUUUACAUGCAAGUUACUAUCUCCAAAACUAAUGCAGAUAUUGAAUUGAAACUUCACAUGUGUCUUCGGGGUUAUAAAACUAGUUGAUAGCACCAAGUCCCAUAACUCUGACCUUCAUUUUGGCCAAAUUAUGCCCCCUUUUGGACUUAGAAAAUUCUGGUUAAAGUUUUGCGUGCAAGUACAUACAGCUAUUACUAAAAGGCAUAUAGAUUUGAAACUUAUUUUUUCUUUUUCUAGAUCAAUUACCUACCUCACUGGGUCAAGCCCCAUAACUCUGACAUGUAUUUUGGUCAAAUUAUGCCCCCUUUUGGACUUAGAAAAUUCUGGUUAAAGUUUUGCGUGCAAGUACAUACAGCUAUUACUAAAAGGCAUAUAGAUUUGAAACUUAUUUUUUCUUUUCUAGGUCAAUUACCUACCUCACUGGGUCAAGUCCCAUAACUCUUACACGUAUUUUGGGCAAAUUAUACCCCCUUUUGGACUUAGAAAAUUCUGGUUAAAGUUUACAUGCAAGUAACUAUCUCCAAAACUACUACAGAUAUUAAAUUGAAACUUCACAUGUGUCUUCGGGGUUAUAAAACUAGUUGAUAGCACCAAGUCCCAUAACUCUGACAUGUAUUUUGGGCAAAUUAUGCCCCCUUUUGGACUUAGAAAAUCCUGGUUAAAGUUUUGCAUGCAAGUACAUACAGCUAUUACCAAAAGGCAUAUAGCUUUGAAACUUAUUUAUUCUUUUUCAAGGUCAAUUACCAACCUCACUGGGUCAAGUUCCAUAACUCUUAACAUGUAUUUUGAGCAAAUUAUGCCCCCUUUUGGACUUAGAAAAUUCUGGUUAAAGUUUAACAUGCAAGUUACUAUCCCCAAAACUAAUGCAGAUAUUGAAUUGAAACUUAACAUGUUUCUUCGGGGUUAUAAAACUAGUUGAUAACAUCAAGUCCCAUAACUCUGAUAUGUAUUUUGGUCAAAUUAUGUCCCCUUUCGAACUUAAAAACUCUUUUGAUAUUUAACAUUUUGGGUAAUAAUUUCCUGCUUCUGUGACAAUAUUUCGAAUAGUCGAGCUUGGCUGUCUUACGGACAGCUCUUGUUUUAAACCCAAAUCAAAUUAUUCAAUGAGCAAACAUUGAUAAUUAUUGUAUACUAAUGCAUACAGUGAUUGAGUAAGUGACUAGAAGAAUGAAAAUAUCUAUGAAUAAAAUGAUUGAUGGGUUCAUUUCAUUCUAGAGGGUUGCUGAAAGACCUUACUGUUAAUGCAUUCUUUCAUUAUUGUUUGUGAGAGAAAUGGUUAAUUUCUUCUCAUUCCGAAAACAAAACAUUAGAAAAAUAUUUAGAUUUCAUUAUUGCCUGUCUAACUUGAAGCAUUAUUUUAAUUAAGUAUUCAUAAGCAUAAUAAAAAUCAAACAGCUUUUGUACAAUCAUAGUCGGGUAAUGAGUUCAGUUCAUUUGAUAUUAGCUUUUCUCUUUAAUACAUCAUCAUGGUCAGUCAUCAUCAUCAUCUUCUUCAUCAUCAUCAUCUAAGACUGUGUUAAGUGUGUGCUUUAGAUUUGUUCAGGUACAGAUGUAAUAAUUCCAGACUCUGAGCAGAUUUUACACAAUUUUCAAAUUCUUAAACCAUCUCUCAUAGUCUUCAUUAGCCAACUGGUGCUAAAGCCACAUGCCUUUGUUUCAGGAGAUAUUAAGAUUCCAUAUCAAGGUACGCCCGCUUAGCUCAGUAGGAAGAGCAUCAGUCUACGGAUUGCGGGGUCGCGAGUUUGAUCCUCAGGCGGGGCGUAUGUUCUCCGUGACGAUUUGAUAAAAGACAUUGUGUCUGAAAUCAUUCGUCCUCCACCUCUGAUAAUUCAUGUGGGGAAGUUGGCAGUUACUUGCGGAGAACAGGUUUGUACUGGUACAGAAUCCAGGAACACUGGUUAGAUUAACUGUCCGCCGUUACAUGACUGAAAUACUGUUGAAAAACGGUGUUAAACCCAAAACAAACAAACAAACUUUUUCUCUGAGUCUGGAAUUAUUAUGGAUGAAGGUCGAAGAAAGAAAAUUCUUAUUAAGAAAGCAGCAGUGUUCAUUCCAAAUUUCUUCAGGCUUUUACUCUACGCAGUCAUGUUUUAUAUUUUGCUAAUUUUUCAGUUCAUUUGUAUGUACAACUUUUAACAUUUUAUAUCAUGAUGGAAGAAGAAAAAACAAAGGUGAAAGAAUGACAAAAUAUUUAAGAACUUGGAUUCUGUCAGAUAUUAGACCAAAGUAUCAAGCUUACAAAGCCGUAACAUUAAUUAUGAGAUGCAAAUUUGUUCGCUUUUUUGACAUACAUGAGUGAGUUUAAGGUGUGAUAUGAUCAUAUUGUUCAAGUGGCCAUCUUUUGGUUAUUUUCAUUACAUUUUUUCCAAAUGCGAAAUACUACAGUUGCAAUAAGUAUAAAACAAAAAUACUCUUCAUUGUACAUUAUUCAUAGAAAUGUUAUUUAAGGUAGAAGAUCUGUAAAUGACAGUAACAAUUUAAGGUAAUGGACCUGUAUAGACAAGUAACAAUUUCUGUCUGUUUACAUGUUCUCUAUAUGCAGUUUUAGGGUUUAUUAUUGUACUAAAGUGCAUGUGGUGAGGACUUACAUUUAGGACAUAAUAAUAAUAACAAAGACUUUAUUUAUAGAGGCAACACAGUUAGGUUUAGCCCAAUCUUCCCUGUGAGCCUCAGAUUGCCGAAAUGGCAUUUAAAAAUUCGUAGUCCCACAGAAAUUGCCAGAUGUCAAAAGUCACAGAGAAGUAAAAUAUGUUGUGUUUUUGUAAUUAUUAGUUUAAACUAUAUGAGGAUUGUUCUUUUGAUUUUCAUUUUUUGUUUCACUGUUAUUUUUUCCCAGUAGCUAUUACUAUUUUACAUGCAACAGGAAUUUGAGUUUUGCUAAUUGCAUUAUUGCUACAAGGCUAUAAGCAGACUAUGUUCAAUUCAGUGUAAGUUAUAUAUUGUGCUUGUUAACAGGUUUAGUUGAAGUAUUUCAUAUUUUCUCAGAUUUAUAGAUAAGGCUACAUAGCAGUGAAGGAGAUAAGAAUAACUGUUAGAUGUAAGAAAAUUGUCGUAGCCAAGUAUGAAAAUGUACGAAAUUGUUGACUAAAUCAAGAAACUUUCAUUGUAGGUCAUUUCAGAAGUAAGAAAUGCAAGACUUUUUAUCUUGAUAUAAUGUCUCAGUAGUCAGCAAUUGUCUUAUGUCUCAAAAAUAUGGUUUAUUUUUAAUUGUUGAAUGACAAAUGGAACACAGUAUGUUUUUGUACCACAUGCCUAAUGUUGUAUGUAAGCUGCAGAUGACGAGAUUUAGUCUAGCUCUGUUUAACCAUACAGCCUCAAAAUUGAAACAAAACCAGAUUAAUAUGGUUUUCUAGCCUGCUAAUAUAGAUUUGUGUCAGAAUAUUAAAAGGAUCAUCCUUUUCAGUUUAUAAAAUAAAGAAUUUUCUAUGUAGAAAAAUUGUCUUAUGGAUAAGAGAAUGCAUAAAUAUCAUAAGAAAAAAGAAGAAAUAAGCCUCAAACAUACUGAUUAACUGCAAGAUGAUUUAUUUGAAUUUUUCUUACUGUGAAAUCAUUUUUAUUUGCGUAGGACAAAUUUUUGCCUAUUUUGCGCUAGGACCGAUGCGCGAAUUUAAGACCGCGCUAUUAUUAUUUUUUAAUUUUAUUUUUUCAUUUCUAAAAUUGAAAAUGCGCGAAUUAAAGCCCGCAUGAAACAGUCCUUCUUCACGUUUGCGCGAAAUUUCAUGCCAGCAAAUUUAAAUGAUUUCACAGUAUUACAAAAUUUUCAUCUGUAGGAUUGACCCUCUUAACAUGACGGUGUGGUCCUCUGUGACCAAGUGGUUGUGGUUACUGGCUUUUCAAAUCACCUCGCUUCAUCUAUUUAGGUUAAGGCUCUAUCAUUGGGUCACUGUGUGAGCAAACUCUGCCGGGAUCAUUCUGUGAGUAAGCUUUGGUAGGGUCAUUGUGUGAGCAAGUGCUCUUGCGGGCUUGAUAAAUCAUGUGGAUUUUUUAGUAGAUACCCACCUGUUUCUAUAAUAAUGUCCAGAGGGGUCUUCCACUACCCCAUAGAGAUGAAAAGUCAACUUCAGCACUUGAACAGGGUCAGUUUGAUCUAAGCAAAACAAACAGAUACAUAACAUGUAAGUUUUCUUUCACAUUCUAUGACUCAUUUCACUUUGUGUUUUGCUACAUAACUGUACAUAGAUUUUUUUCUUUCAAAUAUUGUAUAUAGAUUUUUUUUUCAUAUUUCAUAUACAUUUUCAUGUAUUUAUUUUGCUCUUGAUCUGUUAUGUAUUUCCAAAACUGUGAUAGCCAACAUUUUAUAGUGUAUUAUUAUUGUAAAGUGUCCUUUUAUAUACAUGUACACGUGUUAUGUUACAUGUACAAACUAUGUAGAACAAUACAACAUAUGCAGUCAUGUAUUUUAUAUCAAUUUUAUUUUACAGAUUUUCCAGUUAAGGAAUUUUAUUUUACAAAUUUUUAUUGCUUCUUGCUAUGGAAAAUAUAAUAAAUCAUUCAUUUCAUAUACAUGGAUUGAACGAGUGUGAAAACGAUAGUUGUGAUUUUCAGAUUUAAUAGAGAAUAAUAUAAAGCGACCCCCACAGUACUCAUGAUGUUUAGAAAAAUAAUAGUGAAAUUGAUUGUUAAAAAAAACUGCAAAUGAAUAGGAUUUUUUACCACUUGAGACUUUUUUAUAUUAAUUUUUUAUGCACCUUUAUCAUCCAUAAGUUGUCUUUGGUAUCACACUACCGUAUGCUGAGGUAUCAGACCACUAUAUGCAUAUGCAGGGAAUUGCUUGGUAAUUAUGUAUUCAGAAGACUUUAAAAUGUAAGAAAGGUGGGGAACGUUGUUAUGAAACAAAGUGAAAAGUCUGAUGUUUUAUGGAGCUGAUUUCCAUACCUUUGAUUUCAAGGAGCACAUUUAUGUUAAAAUUUGAAAAGUUAGUAGGUUUUCGGGUGCUAAAGCUUUUGCUUUCAGUGAAUGAAGUGACAGGUUUUGAUAAUUUUGCAGUGAGUAGUUUAACAUAGAGAAAAGUGUUGAUUUUCUGAGAACAAUGUUUUUUUUAUGGUUUUUGCUCAAUUUGUCCGAAUGUGUAUGUUAUCAUUUGUGUUACAUUAUAUAUUUACAUAUUUAUUUUGUAUAUUUUUGUUGUUAUUAAACUGUUCCUGCUGACUUUAGUCUGACCUACCAAAUUAAGCUGUUGAUAUAUUCUGUUUGUUGCUAAAUGAAUAUAAAAGCUGUUAAACUUGCUAAAAAUAAAAAAAUAGUGAUAUUAGUAAAGUUUUUGUGUAGUAAAAAAUAGUUACAAUUUAUAAACAAAUGAAUACUUUUAUGGGUGAAUAUACAAAGAUGUUCAGUAAAAUCUUUAUGUUGUAUUCAUUUAUUGAAAAAAAUCGUGCAUGUUGUAAAGGCCACUUUUGUAAAAGAUUUAUUUAAAAAUUAAAAUAUACAUGUUUAAAGUUUAUAUGUCGCUAUUAGGAAUGGAUGUUUUAAAACUUUUAUUCAGCACAUGUACCAACAUGAUACUGAUGUUGAUAUUAGUUUAUUACAUUUGUAAUCAUUGGUUAAUAUUCAAACUGGUAAAAUUUAAGUGAAAUUAAAAUGGUAAUUUCCACAAAGUUAAAAUUACUGCCCAUGAUUAUAAAAAUAUGUAUAUGUACAGGUAAACAUUUGGACAAGAACUUCAUCAGAAUCCUUGAUUUGGAUCAGAGACUAGCAAUGUAGUGCAUGAUAGUAUGUAAAGGGGAAAUUACUCAAGUUCUUUAAAUUGUUCAGCAUGUUUUAAUUGUAGGACUUUACACACACAAAUAUUUACUUAGUUUUUGCAAUCUUUUAGAGAGAGUUUAAGCAGAAAAUUAAAUUUAUAUUGUACAGAGGAACUCUUUGCUUGUCAAGUAAUUCAUUAUGCUAUAGAGUUUUCAUUAGAUAGCAAAACUGCAUGCCAUUUAAGUAAAAUAAUUAUAGCCAUUUCAUUUAACCAUCGGUUAGUUUUAACUUCAUAGUGGGGCAGGGUAAAAAACAUUUCAGUGAUAAUUUUGGGUAAUCUCUAUGAGAAAUAUGACAAAAAAUAUACUUGAAUGUUAGAUGUGAUAAUUGAGCCACGCCAUGAGAAAACCAACAUAGUGGCUUUGCGACCAGCAUGGGUCCAGACCAGCCAUUUGACUAAAAGUUUGUUACCUGCAAUAUGCUAUGCAUUUAAACCAGUGAUUUUAGUUGCCACUUAUUGCGUUACACUUUUAAGUUUUGCAAAAAGUAUGAGGGAAUAAAAUGUUUGUUUUUGUCUUAAAGAUUGUCUAAAUAUUUGGUUUAGGUCCAGAAUUUUGGCCUUGCUACAAUAAAAAUAAAACAAAAACCAACCACAAGGUUUAAUUAGUUGUAAUGUCUAGGGGUUUAACAAUUUUGUGCACAGCAGUCUUUAUUUAGUGCAUAUUGCAUUACAUAAGAAAAGGAACUGUCCUGAUCUUUUUAAAAAUUGGACUUAAUAAUUUCAAGUGACAAGAGACACUUUUUCCCUCAGCAGUCGAACUUCAGUCACUAGUUUUUCAUGGAAAAGAAACUGCAAAAAAAUCCGUUGUAAUUUCUCAUUUUGUAGAACGUUUUUGUUGACAAAUACCAGACUCUGGCUUUUAGCAGUUAUAGAUUAUGCAGUGAUGUGCAAAUUUGGCUUAAGAGCAUCGCUUAAGGGACAGUGUUCUGAAAAACAGUGAACUUAAUUUAUUCGUGUUGCCCUUGUAUCUCCAGUCACUUUCAGCAGCAGUAAAUUUACUCGAUAACAAGUAACUGAAGUUUGACUGUAUUGUUUUUCGUUGUAUUUCAUGUUAAUAUAGAAAACAAUAAAACAAGUAGAAGA